CCCUUUAAAGCCGUCAUGACAGGGCGGAACUGCUCUUCUGUGCUCUCCUCCCUCAGAUUUGCUGCUCGUUAUCAGAGAAGAGAAAGGGAGCGUUGAGGAAGCCCCAGCCAUGUCUCUUGUUGCAAAUGAGGAUUUCCAACACAUUCUUCGUGUUCUGAACACGAACGUCGAUGGGAAACAGAAGAUCAUGUUCGCCUUGACUUCGAUCAAAGGUAUUGGUCGCCGUUUCGCCAACAUUGUCUGCAAGAAAGCCGACGUCGAUAUGAACAAAAGAGCUGGUGAACUAUCAGCCGCUGAGCUUGAAAACCUCAUGGUGAUUGUUGCAAAUCCACGGCAAUUCAAGAUCCCUGAUUGGUUUUUGAACAGGAAGAAGGACUAUAAGGAUGGUAGGUAUUCUCAGGUUGUUUCCAAUGCCUUGGACAUGAAGUUGAGGGAUGAUCUUGAGCGGCUGAAGAAGAUCAGAAACCACCGUGGUCUCCGACACUACUGGGGUCUUCGUGUCCGUGGGCAGCACACCAAGACCACUGGGCGCAGGGGGAAGACUGUUGGUGUCUCAAAGAAGCGAUGAAUGCGAAUCUUUUUUUGGGGGGGUUUCUUUCCCUUUGCUGGAAAUUUUGCUUGCCUUUUGAGUUGUCCAAGUCUAAGAUGGUUGCAUGAAUGGCUUUAAUCCGUGUAGUUUGAUAAAUUCGUGGAUGUUUUUAGCUAUGCUUUUUAUACAAUUUUUUAUGCUGUAGGAUCAAUUAUCCUGCACUUCUUGCACGGAUAAUUUCUUGUUUCUAAUUGAAUUCAAAGAACUCUUGAAUGUAGGAUCAAUUAUUUCUAGUUUAAUUUCUUAUUUCUAA